CAAUUCAAUUUACCUGUAGCCUACCGCCAUCUUGGGAGUUACGCUUUCUUAAUUGUCGCGAAAAUAAAAUAGCGGCGAUCAUGAAGGUGUUGGUUGUGUUGACAGCAUUUGUUGUUCUGGUGUCAACAAAUACAAAUUUAUUAGUGGAAGCCCAGCUUCAGGAGGGCCAGACCAAUCCCAACCUGAUCUUAGCUGGUAACCAAUGUCCAAAUUUGUGGGCGACGGGAGACCAGACGUGUUAUAGAUUUUUCCAAGAUGUCAAAAGGACGUGGGCUAUGUCGAAAAAGUAUUGUGAGGAUAUUGGUGCUGCGUUGGUGAGUAUCAACACUGAGAAGAAACAUCAAGAGGUGACAACAUGGUUGGGGGCUAAUGAUGGCCAAAACCUUGCUUGGUACACGAGUGGGAGGCGAGACACAGCUGAAACAACCUCUCCUGUCUUCUACUGGGAAACACUAAAACCAAGGGCGGCUGUCAAGACGUUCUUCUUCUGGACGGAUCCAAAGAAUAAAGAUAAACCAGAACCAGACACGAUUAUAACGUAUGUGACAAGUGGUAAUACUCGUGGCUGGGAUCUGACAGAUCCGGCGCAGGCCAAGGCAUUUAUUUGUGAAAGUCCUCGCUCCGAGGUUCAGAAGCUGACAGCAGACGACCGAGAUUUUACAUAUGGUCAAUCCGACAUUGGAAAUAUUGAGAAGGGACCACACUUCAUCCAAGAGCCGCCACGAUCUGUAAUCUUUGCUUCAUCUGAGGCGAACAAACGUGUCUCUUUCGAGUGUAUAGCUGAGGCAAACCCACUAGCUACAUACCGAUGGGUUAAAGAAGAAGCAAAGGUCGGCAAGACGUUUGAAAUCACGGCCAGCAAGAAGUACACUUUAUCGAAUGGAAAACUUACGAUACACAAUCCUCAGCGUACGAAAAAGGUUGAUGCAAGUGAUCCUGAUGCAGUGACGGACACUGAUGUAGGAAUAUACCAAUGUGCCGCCACAAAUGCUUUUGGCACCAUCCUGAGUAACCGGGUCAAUUUUGACUUUGGCUAUAUCAAUGACUUCAGUAAGACGAAGAGAGAUCCGAUCCAGGCCAGGCUCAAUUUCGACACAGCCAUUCCAUGCAAUGCGCCUCCAUAUUUCCCAACAAUCCGUUACAAGUGGUACAAAGAUGACCCACUGAACUACAUCCGUACCGACCAGAAGCCAUACAUGUUCAUUUCCCAGAAUGGCAAGCUCUACUUUUCUCGUGUGAAGAAUGAUGAUGCAGGAAACUACUUCUGUAUUGCGUCUGUGCCAUUGCCGGGUUUCCAAGAUGGCAAGACAAGCAUGCCAAUAGGACUCCUCAUUGGAACCGGAGGUGACGAACGAGCACCGCAGAUUCAUACUGAUUUCCCAGCCAUCUAUCCAGGCAACCCUAAGAAAGGCGACAAUGUGACCAUUGAGUGCUUUGCCCUUGGAACUGGUGAUCUGCAAUACAGCUGGGGUCGUGCCAACAAUCAGCCAAUGACAAAAAGGGUCUCCUUCAUGGACAAUAACCGAAUCCUGAGCAUCAACAAGAUUGAACUGGAAGAUGGUGGUGAUUACACGUGCAGGGUGUCGGCAACUGGAGGUCUUGGUGGCACUGGCAGCGACUCUAAGACAGUCAAGCUGGAUGUCCAAUCAAUCCCAUUCUUCACGAAACCUCUGAAAAAUCAUCAUGUUGACGUUGGAGCCAAGUUCACCCUGCAUUGCGAGGCAGACGGUAAACCUGAAGUGAAGUACAAAUGGUACAAGAAUGGGGUGCUGUUUGAUAAUAGCACGCUGGAUACUGAGGACAUGGCACGUAUCACAUUUGAUGGUACCAGAGUAACAUUCCAAGCGGCAUCGGCAGAACGUGACAACGGGAUGUAUCAGUGUGCGGCCUCUAACCAACGAGGGGUGUCCUACAGCACUGCUCAGGUCCGAGUACUUUCGUUUGCUCCAUCGUUUGCCAAGCGUCCGAUGUCGCCCAUCACAUAUGCUGCUAUGGACGGCAAGGCUACUCUCAUCUGUAACCCAGAAUCUGCACCAGAAGCAGUCAAAACAUGGUACAAGGACGGCCAGCGUAUGUCCGUGUCGGGGGAACUUGCUGCCAGGAUUCAUGUGUUAAGGAAUGGUAACUUGGAGCUGACCAAGAUUGUCGCGGAGGAUCAAGGAAGUUAUAUGUGCAUGGCAGAGAAUAGCUUGGGAAAGGCUAGCAACACUGGCUCUCUGCUUGUAUUGUCAAAAUCUGUGAUCACUGUCAAGCCAUUGAGUCAGAUCGUGCGUCAAAAUGAGUCUGUCCAACUCACAUGUGAGGCUUAUGUCGAUCCCUCGCUUGACUUCACCUAUGUGUGGGAACUGAAUGGCUUCCCCAUUGAUCUUGACUUCAAUGAGGACUGGAGGUUGAAACAGUAUCGCAACUUGGACAGGUAUAAAAGGGGUACUGGUGCAGCAUGGGGUGAUCUCUUUAUCCAUAACAUCACAUAUAAAGAGGCUGGGAUCUAUAAAUGCAUCGCUUUGACACCACAGGAUGAGGCAACAGCAGAGGCCAAUGUGACUGUAAUAGGUGUUCCCGGUGAACCUGCAGGCCUGGUUGGUAUCGAGGGCAGUCUCACAUCGUCGUCAAUACAACUGACCUGGUCAGCUGGAACAAAUCACGGAGCCCUACUCACAAGCUACACGGUGGAGGCACACUCCAAUCUCAACCCUAAAUGGCAUGUUGUCAAAACCAACAUUUGCCCCUGGUAUGGUGACCCGACAUCACUGACAAAAGGUGAAUGUCGAGAGAUGACGCCACUGGAAAAGGAGGAAAGUCGACCUGAACUCCUCCAGGAGAAAGAUCGACUCAAAACAACUGUGACGGGACUAUUGGCAUAUAAUUCCUACAUGUUCCGAGUUAUCGCCUAUAACACGUAUGGUUCUGGAGACCCAAGUCAUCCUUCUUCGAUCUAUACCACCAGGCCUGACAAGCCUUUUGUCAUCCCAAGGAAUCUUGGUGGUGGAGGCGGGAAGGUAGGGACACUCACCAUCACAUGGGAUCCUCUCCCGGUGAACGAGCACAACGGACCAGGUCUCAUGUAUCGUGUCUUCUUCAGAAGGGCGGACAUCAGCAAUCAAGAUAAGGAUACAAAGGUUGAAGUAAAACAUCCCACAGCAAUGUAUACAGAGACAAUUGGAGCCCUCAACUUCUACUUGCCAUACAAUGUGAGGAUUCAGGCAUUUAAUGACAUGGGGAAUGGACCCAUUUCUGAGUGGGUGCAGAUUUACUCUGCUGAAGGAAUGCCUGUUGCAACUCCGAUGAAUGUCCGUGCACGAGGUUAUAAUUCGUCUGCGCUUGAGGUCCUCUGGGACAUGGUGCCUGACACUCGCGAAGGUGUCAAGGGCCGUGUCAUGGGAUACAGGAUUAACUACUGGAAGAAGGAUAUUGAAAACGAAAUGGAUGAUUACAUCCGGCAGACUAUCCUAAACCAGACGGACCGUGGCAAGAUCAUUGGUCUCCGUCCCAACCAGUAUUACGAGCUGAAUGUGAUGGUCUUCAAUAAUGCCGGCAAUGGGCCCAAGAGUGCUAUGCGAUAUGAGAGGACUUGGAGGAAUGCUCCUCAAGAUCCACCAAGGAAUGUCAAGGUUAAAUAUUUGACAGACAAAUCGAUCAGCGUUCACUGGCGAGGAGUUAGUAUUUCUAAUAAGGAGGAACCACUAGAAGGUUACAUUGUUCGUUACUGGCCUGCUGGAGAAUCAAUGGUAAACGCCAUUGAUCAUUACGCAGGGAAGGUAGUGGAUUCCGUUCUGACCAAUCUGGAGCCUGCCCCGACGCGUUACUAUCUGCGAGUGCUAGGCUACAGCCGCGGAGGAUUUGGCAAGAUGAGCUCACCUAUCUUACAGCUCCAAAUAGGUCCUGGACCAUAUUUAUACGUCAACCCGAAGCCAGGAUCCGCGGGGCACCUGCAGCCAUGCCUUUUACUUAUCUCCUUUUCUAUCUUGGCACUUUUCAAAUAUCUGUUAUAGAACCUAACAGAUUUGGUGAUAAUCCUAGGGCCUUAUGCUGCUAAUGCAGUCAAAUGAAGUUUCAAUGGGGGGGGGGGGGGGGUUAACACUGUCCUUGUAAUAUUUUAAACAGUAUGCCGAAGUUCAAGAAUUUGUUCUAGUAGGUUCAUAUCAGAGCAGUUAAACUGAGGCAAUAGCAAAAAUGUAUAAAGUUUUGUAACAGAACUUAGUGAAGUUCAUAGUUAGUUACUGAUUUCUGCUUUCCAAAUCCUAAUCCAUCCUGUUAAGACUGUUUCACCGUCCACCACUCUGUCUUGAUUGUGGCUUAUCCGUCUUGAUUUUGACACAUUCCAUCUUCACUGUGACUCAUCCAUCUUGAUUGUAACGGAUGUCUUCUUCAUUGUGACACAUGAGGUCUGAUUGUGAUGUUCUCCUUAUGAAAAUACGAUCACAAUAUACUGGUUGUGUCUUCAACUCAACGGCUCAAAGUCUUCAUACAUUCCAGUCGAGAAAAAAGUCAACCAGUAUUCAAUUUCAUUUCACUUUUUUCAUGACGAAGUUUUAAAGUGAGAUGAGUGCAGGUGUCUUGUGUAAGCUAAGAGUAUCAUGUAAAUAUUGCUUGUUGAGGCGCUUGAUGUGUAGUCUUUUAUAAUCCUAGCAUUUAUUCCGAUCAUGUACUAGCUGUGCCCUUUUAACAUUCUGUUUUAAUAGAUGUAGAUUGAUUAAGGAAUUUGUACAAAAUUGAAUUAUCAAAUGAUUUAUAUGUGUAUAUGUACAGAUUCUUAUGUAUAUAAAGCUAAUGGAGUCCAAGACAUCAUUAUGAAAUUAAUGCCUUCAUCAUGAUUUACCUUCAGAACGCUAGGUCAUUUUGGUUCCUGUUGUUAGAUGUUUUAUGACCUACUGUAAAAUCACUCAGGAGCAGUUGCGACAGUGUGUUAUAAUCAAUAGCAUAUCUCUUCUCAUAUGAUUUGGUAACACAAAUCAACAACUGUCCAUUAGAAGUUUGCAAAAUGUAAACAAUUAUAUUCUACUUAUCAACUUUGUUACAUUCCUGCCAUGUCUAAUUCCAUCCAAAAUUUCUAACUAUAAGACAUUCCAGAUAUCGUAGAGCAGCAUAUCUUCUAGUGUCUAGUGUAACACGGGUACUAGCCUCUUGCAUUCACUCUGUGUCUGAGUCUUUGAGUCAUUGAUGCUGUACUGUACACCUUAGUAUUCUUGUCUGACAGCAUGGAUCACACCGAAUGUAUUGUACUGUACAGAGGGAAAAGUCCAUCGUAGAAUCUAUGUAGGCCUGUGAUAAAAACUAUGAUGAUUAUCACAACCCAUGUUUUACAUCGGAUCACAACACCACAGGAACUGUUUAUAACUUUUUAUACAAACCAUAUAUGUAUGAUAAUUAUAAUAAAAGCUAAAAUUCACACAA